CUCCGUUCUCGUUAGUCGGCGACUCCAAACCAGCCGUGCCACCUCGGCGAUUCUGGUCGACACUAUCAGAUUUCAUUUUUUAAUAUAUUUUCUCUACAUACUUCUCUCUCGUGCCGGUCGCCAAUCUCUUUGGUGGGGGAGAUGAUGUGUCAGUGUCUGAGAACGAGAACGAAGUCACUCUUUCCUACAUCUUCCAAGUUCAACCUCUCCACAUCUCGGGCUUUCCCUCUUCAACGGAAACCCUCUUCUCAUUUCAAGCCCUUUUGCUCUUCAUCUUCGACUUCUCCGGCCAAAAUGUCUGCCCAAACCAUUGAGCACAUCGUCCUCUUCAAGGUCAAAGACGAGACAGAGCCGUCGAAGAUCAACUUCAUGAUCAGUGGUUUGAAUGCUCUGAAUUCUCUCAAUCAGGUUCUUCACCUCACUGCUGGGUCGAUUCACAGGAAUCGUUCUUCUGCUUUCGCGUUCACGCAUUUGUUGCACAGUAGGUAUCGCACCAAAGAGGACUUGAAUGGCUAUGCUGUACAUCCGGAGCACGUAAAAGUCGUGAAAGAGUCGGUUUUGCCCAUCUGUGAUGAUAUCAUGGCAGUCGAUUGGGUCGCGGAUCUUGAUGGCUCAGUAGCUCCCCAGCCUGGCGCUGCGAUGCGGCUGACCUUCUUGAAGUUGAAGGAGGGUUCGGGGGAUAACGAGAAAGAACAGGUAUUGGGAGUUAUUGGGAGUAUAAAGGACAGUUUCCCUUCGAUUGAUCAGAUUAGCUUGGGGGAGAAUUUCUCGCCGGCGAGGGCCAAGGGGUUUUCGAUCGCAUCACUGGCUGUCUUUCCUGGACUGAACGAAUUAGACGCUUUGGAUUCGAACGAGGAGUUGGUGAAAGCACAGAAGGACAAGGCUAGAGACUUACUGGAGAGUGUCAUCGUUAUCGAUUAUGCUAUCCCGCCGUCGCAAACUGCUAACCUUUGAAAUGAGCUUUCGUUGAGGUUGAGGCUGAGGUUUAAUUGUUUCUUCUUGUCUGAAACCCUUCUCUUUUUUCUUCUAAUAAUCUAGUGUCUGGGGAUACCGUGAUAUGGUUUUAUUUGAAGUACUGGAUGAACUUUCGUGGUCCUAAACUGGAAAAUCUAUGCUCUCAAUACUACAUGCGAGUGUCGGCAGUCUCAAAUCAUGUUUGAGUAAUAUCGAUAUAUCGUCGUUAUAAUGUUGAUUUACCAUUUCUUUA